AUGUCAACUGCGAAGCGAGCUCCUAGUGUAGCUGACGAAUAUAACUGGACAGAAUCGUUAGCCAAAGCGUUCCGUGCUGGUAGCGAGUGGUCAGACAAAGAUGAGUUACUGGACGUUGUUUAUUGGGGAAAGCAGUUGUUAUCAUUGAUAAUUGGUAUCGCGUUUGGUGCCUUUUCAUUGCAUGGAAUACUGGCAAUUCUAGCCUAUGUAGCUGUAUCAACAAUGGUUGCUCAGCACUUUGUGGUGAAAUUUCAGCAGGUAGACGAAGAUGACGUAGGAGGAUUCUGGGAACUUGCUAAGGAAGGAUUCGGGUCUGCAUUCGCGACCUUCAUGGUGGCAUGGAUUACUAAUGUUGAUAUAUUGAUUCCUCAUAUUGACCUUUCGGACAUUCAUGGCUAUUGGACGACGUGGACGCUUUUCAGUAGUCCUACUAUCAUACAUCAUUUCUACGGAUAUGAUGACGAUCCUGGUCAUCUGUAUCGAUUUGACGAAGAACGCGAAAAAAUAUUUGAAUAUCCUGACUUCGCUGCAGGUUUCGUCCUUUCGAGAGAACUUUUAAUGAGCUUGGCGCUAACAAUGAAUACUACAGCCGUCAAAGGUGCUGAUGCGUUCUCAAUCGAUCCGAAGCACGAGUUGGCGCUACUCAUUUACGAUCAGUUCAAGACACGGUUGGAAUCUCAUCCGGAUCAGUUCUGUAAUCGAAAAAUGGAUGGAUGCGCAAUUUACUACGAGGAAAUCACAUGCGCCGAUGUACCUUUGAUCAAGCCGCAGGAUAUAUUGUGGGCAUAA